GCCGCCCGAGGGACGCACGCCGGGAGGAGAGGGAGGCGGCGGCGGCGCUGGGGCGCUCCUGUCGGGGACCGGCCGGCCCGGGGGGCGAGGACGUCGCUCCGCAGCGCUCUUCCGCCAAGCCGCCCCUCUCGCCAUGUCCCAGAGCAGGCAUCGCGCCGCGGCCCCGCCGCUGGAGCGCGAGGACAGCGGGACCUUCAGUUUGGGGAAGAUGAUUACAGCUAAGCCAGGGAAAACACCAAUUCAGGUAUUACACGAAUACGGCAUGAAGACCAAGAACAUCCCGGUUUAUGAAUGUGAAAGAUCGGAUGUGCAAAUACACGUACCCACUUUCACCUUCAGAGUAACCGUUGGGGACAUAACCUGCACAGGUGAAGGUACAAGUAAGAAGCUGGCGAAACAUAGAGCUGCAGAGGCUGCCAUAAACAUUUUGAAAGCCAAUGCAAGUAUUUGCUUUGCAGUUCCUGACCCCUUAAUGCCUGACCCUUCUAAGCAACCAAAGAACCAGCUUAAUCCUAUUGGUUCAUUACAGGAGUUGGCUAUUCAUCAUGGCUGGAGACUUCCUGAAUAUACCCUUUCCCAAGAGGGAGGACCUGCUCAUAAGAGAGAAUAUACCACAAUUUGCAGGCUAGAGUCAUUUAUGGAAACUGGAAAGGGGGCAUCAAAAAAACAGGCCAAGAGGAACGCUGCUGAGAAAUUUCUUGCCAAAUUCAGUAAUAUUUCUCCAGAGAACCACAUUUCUUUAACAAAUGUAGUAGGACAUUCUUUAGGAUGUACUUGGCAUUCCUUGCGGAAUUCUCCUGGUGAAAAGAUCAACUUACUGAAAAGGAGCCUCCUCAGUAUUCCAAAUACAGAUUACAUCCAGCUGCUUAGUGAAAUCGCCAAGGAACAAGGUUUUAAUAUAACAUAUUUGGAUAUAGAAGAGCUGAGCGCCAAUGGACAGUAUCAGUGUCUCGCUGAACUCUCCACCAGCCCCAUCACCGUCUGCCAUGGCUCCGGGAUCUCCUGUGGCAAUGCACAGAGUGAUGCCGCUCACAACGCCCUGCAGUAUUUGAAGAUAAUAGCAGAAAGAAAGUGAGCCUGAAGCAACUCCGAAAGCCCUUGGUAGCACAUAAGAAGUUCCCCUUUCACCUCUUCCCAAGUAAAAUGUUUACUGUUCGAGUUUGUGUGUUGUUUCUAAAUCUCUUCCUAGAUUCCAUCAACACUCCAGAUUUAAGGAUCUCCUAAUAGUUACUAAGCUCUUUUUAAUGGCUUCAACUUUGUACUGGUAUAUUGUAUUUAUAAACUUUGUACCAUAGGCAGAGUGUAGCCCCCAUGUUACAAUGCCGUGUACACAGAGGGAAGAAAUUGCAUGUAUGUUGAGGAGGAGGAGGAAGAUGGCGAAGAAACAGAACUACUGCUAGCAACAGUUGUUCUUACUGGUGCUUAACCUCUUCUUUGCGCAAAUCUUUGUAAAGGGAAUUCGAAGGGAGCCCUUUAGAAUUAGAGUUUUGAGGAACGCACGAACAGGCGUUCAUUGAAUGUGAUUGUUGAAUUUCAGGGAACAUGAUUAGUCUGCUGUGCUUUUGAAUCCAUGUAAUAAAGAGCUGCUGUUGUAACGGG